ACAUGUGAUGAAAACCAGUAAAGUUUCUGUUGCGCUUAAAGAUUCAGGUUUAGUCGAUUUAAAAGGCCUUCAACUUCAAAGAACUAAAACUGACUACCAAGUUAUUGAUACUUUUACACUGCCUAAGAAUUUAAACUUUGAGCAUCAAUAUGCAAGUUUAUAUUACCAGCGGUUAACACAACUAAAAAAAGCCUCUUGUUUAACAGCUAAGAAGCUGUGGCCCGACUGUCCACCCUUUCUUGAAAGUUUGUUGCAUAUUCAGGAAGGCGUGUACUGCUGCGUAGCAGGCACUUUGUAUAGAGAAACCCUAUUAAAGGCUAACACCAUUGACGAAUUUAUAGCUGAAAGAGCUUUGGUUGUUCAACCUAAAAGAGACAAAUAUAUUAGUAAAGGAGAUGUAAUUUAUCUUGAAGAUGAAAGCGGGAGGAUUGCUCUUUCAGGAAGUCUACCUUAUGAUUCGGCUUUAACAGGGAUUGUUAUUAUUGUUUGUGGUAAAGAAGUCAACCAAUCUUUUGAAGUAGAAAAGUAUACUUUUCCCGGGAUGGCUGAACAGGUAAAGCCCCCUCUUAACCGUCUGGCAGGCUCUGAGAAAAAAGUUUGUCUGAUUUCUGGAAUUGAAAUGGAAGCUAAUUAUCGUCAUAACAAUUCCCUUCAAUUAUUGAUCGAUUAUCUUCUUGGUUUUCUCGGGGACGAAAAACAACAAAAAGAAAGUUCAAAGAUUGCCCGUUUAAUUGUGGCCGGAAAUUUAUUAAGCCGAACUGCCACUGUGGAGGCGGCAAAAAUAGUCCAAAGUUCUAAAAAGGAAUCUUUAAAAGACGAAAUCGUGACUCCCUUAAAUAAUUUAGAUGCUUUUUUUGCACAACUGGCUAGCGGGAUACCCAUAACAUUAUUACCUGGAGAAAAUGACCCUUCCAGUGUUCUUCUACCCCAACAAAGUCUUCACUGGUGUCUCUUUCCAUCCAUGGGAAACUUUCCGAACAGCUGGGAAUGCGUGACAAAUCCCUAUAACGCUGUUAUCGAUAACAUAGAAUUUUUAGGCACGUCCGGCCAGAACGUCGAUGAUGUUUACAAGUAUAUUCCCACCAAUGACCGCUUGCGCAUUUUAAAGCAGAUGCUUUACUGGCGGCAUUUAGCCCCAACAUCUCCAGAUACUUUGGGUUGCUAUCCCUACGCUAUGUUCGACCCGUUUAUUAUUGAGAGGACUCCACACAUCUUUUUCGCCGGAAACCAGCCAGAAUUUAAGAAAGAAAUUAUUGAUGAGGGUGGAGUGCACGUUACAAUAAUUUCCGUUCCUUCUUUUUCAAAAACGAAAGUUGCUGUUAUUGUGGACUUAUACACUCUGGAUGCUUCAGCCAUUUCGUUUGCUUAA